GGGGUCCGCAUGGGCGCAUGCGCGCGCGUGCGGAUCGCGGUGCAUCUUCCCGAGUCGCCCGCGCUGCUAGUCGCGGUUCCGUGAACCGCGGUAAGGGGCGGCCCGGGCUCCCUCCUCGGCCAUGGCCCCUGCGCCCAGGUCCUUGCUGUCGCCUUCGACUUUGCUGUUGCUACUGCUGCUGAGCCUGGCGCUGCUUGGCGCCCGCGCCGAAUCCGCCGCCGGGAGCGCUGUCCCCGCGCAGAGCCGUCCGUGCGUGGAUUGCCACGCUUUUGAAUUCAUGCAGCGCGCCCUUCAGGACCUACGGAAAACCGCCUACAGCCUGGACGCGAGGACGGAGACCCUCCUACUGCAGGCUGAGCGCCGGGCUCUGUGUGCCUGCUGGCCAGCUGGACGCUGAAGAUCCUUGGCCAGUGAUGUUCCCUGUUAAUAAAUGCCUGAUAGCAUGCCUGUGUCCUGUGUCUCUGUUCUUG